CACCGAGCACCCACGAGCCACUUGUAACAAGCACGCUUUAGCCAUUUCACCCUCAAUUUUCGCUUUUUUCUCUUUCCAAAUUGCAGCAGUUCAGAAAAAUUUAUUAUCUUGCCUAAAUUUGGGACAUUCCUGUUGAUUAAAGCUUUUUCAAUUACAUUUCCAUGGUCUUCCAUCUAUCCAUCUACUCUCUCCGUAUUUUGUCGUCAUAAUUUUAAUUCAAAAAAAUUCGAAAGGAAUCAUCAACACUACUUUUUUUCAUUGUGCUUUCUUCUUUUCCUCUUUCUCUCUCCCUCAUCAAUCUCCACUAGACUUUGAAAAUGCAGUGAAAUUGAUUUGAGGUCUAUAGCAGAGAAGAUGGUGGUAAGGAAAGUGGGCAAGUAUGAGUUAGGUAGGACAAUCGGUGAAGGUACCUUCGCCAAAGUGAAGUUCGCUCAGAACACGGAGACCGGUGAGAGUGUCGCCAUGAAAAUUGUGGAUCGCAGCACCAUCCUCAAGCGCAAGAUGGUCGAUCAGAUUAAGAGGGAGAUCUCGAUUAUGAAGCUUGUUCGCCAUCCUUGUGUUGUUCUAGCAAGCCGCACAAAGAUUUACAUAAUCCUGGAGUACAUUACAGGUGGCGAGUUGUUUGAUAAAAUCGUUCGUAAUGGACGACUUAGUGAAGCAGAAGCUAGGAAAUACUUUCAACAGCUUAUUGAUGGAGUUGAUUAUUGCCACAGUAAAGGGGUCUACCACAGAGACCUAAAGCCGGAAAAUCUUCUGCUAGAUUCUCAAGGAAAUCUGAAGAUUUCUGAUUUUGGCCUCAGCGCAUUACCUGAGCAAGGAGUUACCAUCCUGAAGACAACAUGUGGAACUCCCAAUUACGUUGCUCCUGAGGUUCUCAGCCACAAGGGUUACAAUGGUGCCGUGGCAGAUAUCGACAAAGCUGAGUUCGCUUGCCCCUCAUAUUUUGCCUUGGGAGCGAAGUCCUUGAUUCGUAGAAUUUUGGAUCCAAAUCCUGAAAGUCGGAUUACAAUUGCCGAAAUCAGGAAAGAUGAGUGGUUCGUAAAGGAUUACACUCCUGUACAACUUAUUGAUUACGAACAUGUAAACCUGGAUGAUGUAUAUGCUGCUUUUGAUGAUCCGGAGGAACAAAAAGGUGCACAGAAUGAAACAGGAGACACGGGUCCACUGACUCUAAAUGCGUUUGACCUAAUUAUUUUAUCCCAGGGACUGAACCUCGCAACUCUUUUUGACCGUGGAAAGGACUCCAUGAAGCAUCAGACAAGGUUCAUCUCACACAAGCCAGCAAACGUGGUUCUUUCAAGCAUGGAAGUUGUUUCGCAGUCCAUGGGCUUUAAGACGCACAUCCGCAAUUACAAGAUGAGAGUAGAAGGAUUAUCUGCAAACAAGACGUCUCAUUUCUCCGUCAUUCUAGAAGUCUUCAAAGUCGCACCAUCAUUUCUUAUGGUCGACAUUCAAAAUGCAGCAGGAGACGCAGAGGAAUACCUUAAGUUCUACAAGACGUUUUGUGGUAAGCUUGAUGAUAUCAUCUGGAAGCCACCAGAUGCAUCUGUGAGAAAUCGAGCCACAAAACCCAAGAGCAAAAGACGUUGAAUCCUCCCUCCGUGUAUUAUUAUAGCAGAGCUCUCCGUGUUCUUAACUGCUUUAGUCGAAUGAAUAUGUACAAGCUUGUUGAUUUGAGUUUACUCUAUGAAUAUAUAGAAGAUUGUGUACUAAACUCAUGAGAUAACAGAACUCCAUUGUUAAAUGAUGAGAAAACUAGCGAUAGUUUCUCUUGAUUUAUGUAUGCUUAUUAUAUGCUGCAAAACUACGCAAACAUUAGCUAGCUUAUCAUCUCAG